CAUGUGACAAAGCGUGCACCUACCCAUCGUCCUCCACUGUGCUCCAUUUUUUGAAUUGAAUCUCUGCGACAAAAGAAUCUCCGGAUCCGAUUUGGCGAAUUGGUUUUUUUUUUCCGGAGCACCGCAUAAAUUCGAAUACCAAAUGGGUUCGUGUUGUUCGACUCAGAAAAGCUUGGGGCAGAGGAGUGAUAUGGUGGAGCAGAGCAAAGUGGACUACGCCGACGACGCUUCUCCGAAGGCCAAAGGCGGCUCGAAACGGUGGAAGAGGAAGAAGCCGAGAGCUGAGCAAGCGGGUUGCGGAGAUUUGGGCCAUCAGAUUGGUAUUCCGGGCAGAUUGAUCGGCAAUGGAGGCAGCAAAGUCGCCUGCUUGUAUACCCAGCAGGGAAAGAAAGGGACCAAUCAGGACGCCAUGCUUGUCUGGGAGAAUUUUGCCACAAGAAGUGAUACAACAUUUUGUGGGGUGUUUGAUGGCCACGGUCCAUUUGGUCACGUGGUCGCCAAGAAAGUUCGGGAUUCUCUUCCUCUUAUACUAUGUACUCAGUGGAAAGCUAAUUCAAACAGUGAUCUGAGCAAUCUCAAUAAGGCUGAGAAUGCGAAUGGGAGCUCUAAUUUGGAGGAACCUGCAUCGCCAAGCAUUGAUGAUGAAUGGUGCGAAUCAUUGGAGGUUCAGGCAAAUGAAAAUCUACCUGACAUGUAUCUCCCACUAAAAAAGUCAUUCUUAAAGGCUUUCAAGUUAAUGGACAAGGAACUAAAAUUGCAUCCAACCAUCGAUUGCUUCUGCAGUGGCACGACUGCUGUUACAUUGGUAAAGCAGGGUCAGAAUCUUGUAAUUGGAAAUGUUGGGGAUUCAAGGGCUGUGCUAGCAACGAGAGACCAAGACAACUCUCUGAUUGCUGUACAAUUGACAGUUGAUUUAAAGCCAGAUCUUCCUGCGGAAUCUGCUAGGAUCCAGCAAUGCAAGGGAAGGGUAUUUGCUUUGCAGGAUGAGCCAGAGGUUGCUCGUGUAUGGUUGCCGAAUAAUGAUUCUCCUGGUUUGGCAAUGGCUAGAGCCUUUGGAGAUUUCUGUCUGAAGGAUUUUGGUUUAAUUUCUGUGCCUGAUGUUUUCUAUCACCAUCUUACUGAAAGAGAUGAGUUCAUAAUUCUUGCCACCGAUGGGGUCUGGGACGUCCUUUCAAACAAGGAGGCUGUUGAAAUUGUAGCUUCUGCCCCCGGUCAUACAACAGCAGCCAGGGCUCUAGUGGACUGUGCCGUUAGAGCCUGGAGGCUCAAAUACCCUACUUCCAAGAAUGAUGAUUGUGCUGUUGUAUGCCUUUUUCUAGAAAAGUUGUCUGAAGCUGGUGAGGCUGUGACAGAGAAUGAUAUGAUGAAGAUUAAUGAAGAGACGAAGGUUAAUGAAAUGAUGAAGAUUAAUGACAAGACAAAGAGUAAUGAAGAGACGAAGAUUAACGGAGAGGCAAUGGAGAGGAUGGCAAUAACAGAAGAGAAUACUGAGGAUUCAGAAACUGGUAGUUCUCAUGCUGUUCUUGAGCAUUCGGGUACCAUACGAAGCUCUGAUGAGAUUGUGCCCGUAUCUGAUUCAACAGAACAAAAGCUUCCAACGAAGUUCGAGGGCCAGUCUAAAAGAAGUUUAGCAGAAUGCAUUUCAACAAAAGAGGACGAGGACUGGUCGGCCUUGGAAGGUAUUACCCGCGUUAACAGUCUGUUAAGCAUUCCCAGACUCUUAUCCGGUGAUAAAAGAGCUGCCAGUUGGAGAAAAAAGUGGCUAUGAAACAUCGAAGGGAUCUCCUUCGGUUUCAAUCUCAACAAAAAAGUUCAUAAAUGAUACCUGUUACACAGCUACAUUUCCGUUCUCAAAAAUUGAUCAUUCAGAUUCACAGUUAGAGAAUCGGGCACUUUCAGGUUGCCAGAUACGGUGUUCACACAGGUAUCACACACUUCCUAGAUAUAUCAGUAAGCCGUCAUAUGUUAAGCAGCCUCUAUUUUUGUUGACUAGUGGCCAUGCAAAUGUUGUUAGUGAUAUUGCUUUUUGGAAUAUGGAUGAACAACUAUAUUGUAGUCUAGUGAAAUCGAGCCGUCGUUUUGUGUUAUUUUUCACUUUGAAACCUUGUCUACAGAUAGCGAACCACAACGCUUUCCUCGUUUGUUUUCGUGAUUAUUUGUAUCCCUAUUUUUCUCCUUCA